AUGUUAUAAGAAAAUCUAAAUAAUAAAAAUUAAUAGCAAAUUCAAGCUAUUUGUAAUGAUUAAAUCAAUUAAGAGAUAAUUAGCAAUUUUUCAAAAUCAUACAACAUUUUAAUUGAAUCAGAUUAAACGAGAACAAAUUUAAAUAAAGCAAGGCUUUCAAGCAAAACUUACCAAAGCAUUGAAUAAUUAAAUUUUUUACAAAAGAAUGAACCUAGUCUUUAACUUGAAGAAAUUCAAAACAGCUAAAAUACGCAUAAAUAAAAGAGUUCGAAUAACUUUUCUGAUGAAAAUAAAAAUAUAUCAUCUCUUUUUUAGGAAAAUGAAAAGCAAAUAUCAAAUAGCAUCAAAAAACAGAAAACAGUAUCUUAUAAUAAUACCUAGGAGAUGAGCAAGAAUAAAAUUCCUCAUUCAUCUAAUAAUGCAAAUACUUACAAUAGUUUAAAUCAAAUCUAUUAGAAUAAUGUUUCAAACCUAUUCCAAAAUCCAAAUUUAAAAUAAUUUCUAAAUAAUUAUGCAUAGUAUAAUAGAAAAAAUAAUUUUUCUCACAAAACUAUAAAAUUUGAUGCUUUGAAAACAGACUUUGUAUUAGACUACUUUGAUAGAAUGAAACUCUUUAAGAGAUUCUUUCCCAAAAAUAAUUUUGACUAAACAAUUAAAAAAGUAAAAUAAUUCUAUUAACAAAAUUUAAAAUAAAAAAAAUUAGAAUUUAGAAGAUAAAAAUCAGCAUAAAAUCGAAAUCAUGAAGAAAAACUUGAUUUUAAUAAAUUUUAUUGUAAUCCAACUUAAGCUUCAUAUGGAAUUAACACCUCAAACAAAACUAAAUUCCCAAUAAAAUAUAUUUGA